CGUGAGCUAUAAGCUCUGAUACCAUGAAGAUUAAGAUGAAAGGAUAAUGUUUUAUUCAUUGAAUUACACUAUCAUACACUGCUGUAUAUAUAAGCAGAAUAGAAGUCUUAAUAGUCAAAUACAAAUAUUACAGGCUGAAUUGUAGUAGAGUUUCCUUGUAUAUUCUGAUAUCUCUAUCCCUGAUUAUACGCAUGAGCUGGUUGCAAUCCUUUCCAUCUUGGUGUAGGUGCAGGAUAUUUCCCUUAAUGGUUUAGGCGUAUCAGUCGUGAUAUUGCCUUCUUGAUCUUCAUGAGCUGUAGAGGAUUUGUCACUAGCUGGUUGGUUAACACCAAUGAGGAGUUGAUCCACGGACCACAUCUCACCGAACUGUGUUACUUAAAACCUCAAAACCCCUACGCAACACCGUCAAACGCCACCUCCCACAACCAAUCUCCGAUGGCCUCAGCCGCUGCCAGGUCCAUUUUCCGCUCAUGCUCUGUCUCCGCUCGCCGCACCGCGGCUCGCCUCGGUCCCGAAGCCAAAGCCAAAGCCGCCGGCUCUCCCUUCCGCACCGCAGCCAAAAAGCCCGUCUCCACUCCAACUCUCGGGUGCCCUGCUGAAAUGAGCUUCUGUGUGGAGUCGAUGCUGCCAUACCACACUGCAACUGCAUCGGCAUUGAUGACUUCGAUGCUAUCAAUCUCUCAACGCACUUAUGGUUGGCUCUCUGAAGCUGGCAAUGGUGAUUCGUGAUGAAUAUCGCAUGGGUUUGGGAGAAGUUUUAUCCAAAGUUCUUGCUUUCUAAGAGAAUGAUGCCAAUAGUAUAGAAGUAGUGGAUAAUUCUGUUCUCAAAAAUUUCUUUUUUUUCCUCUUUAUCUGGCUCUAUCCUAAGGCCAUAAGAACUUGAUGUAAAACAUUUGAGCACACUCCUAAUUAUCUUUUUCACCCUGCCAACAGUGAAUCACGUGAAGCAGUGAUGUAUGUCUAUUUUCAUUCUCUAUUUGUUGAAGUUUUUUAUUAUUGCAUCUAUGACAGUGAGCAGUAGGUAUCUUCUUGGUACAUAUGAACUGAAAAAAGGAAAAAAAGAAGAAGGUCCUCCCAUGUACCAUAGUUUCUCCCAUUUACUUCUAUUGGGGCUAAAUAUCAGGGGAGAAACUCUCACCAGGUCAAGUACUUGUGCGUUUCCGGUGUAGUUAGCCUGUGUGUUUGAGCUGGGCAGUCCUGUUCUAAAUGUCUUAGGACUAAAACAAAAAAGUAAAAAGUCCAUUUCUAGGUUUAUCGAUAUGUAGGUUGAUAACUGUGGCAGCUUUUUUGUCAUAACUUUAGCUCAUUGCAGGAAUUGUUGCUGUAUUGUAUUAUCAUCGAAUGUUCACAGGAAAAAAAAGAAUCUUGAAAUUUUGUAUAAACAUGAUGAUAGUAAACAUCCAUGGGAGAUGAUUUCUAAUCAUACCAUUCUUGUAGUUUAGUAUAUCCUUGUCUCAAGUAACUCGAGGACAUGUCAUUUCUUGCCAUCUGGGUGUUACAAUGAGCCCAGCAUUUUGCGACUCAAUUGAUAGUUUUAUUUCUGACUCUAUCUUUUGUUU